AAUUAUAUUUUAGUAUUAAAUAAGGAAAGUGAUUUUCCACCAAAGAAAGAGAAAGGAAAAUUUGAUUUAAAUUGUCUGCACUUAUGUUUUAGUGCAGUGUAAAUCUAGUAUGCAUUGUCAUAUUUAGUAAUAUAUUUGCACCAAGCAGCUAUAAUAAUAAGAGUAAUAAUCAGUGGAGAUAGUAAGAUAGAAGAGAGGAAAAAUGGAGGAAAUAGGGUUUUUGGGGAUUGGUAUUAUGGGAAAAGCAAUGGCCGUGAACUUGCUGCGCCAUGGUUUCAAGGUUACUGUUUGGAAUCGCACUCUCUCCCGGUGUGAUGAGCUAGUGCAACAUGGAGCUUCUGUUGGAGAAACUCCUGCAGCAGUAAUCAAGAAAUGCAAGUAUACAAUUGCAAUGUUGUCUGAUCCAGCUGCAGCUCUUUCAGUGGUUUUUGACAAAGAUGGUGCUCUUGAGCAGAUAUGUGGUGGAAAGGGGUAUAUUGACAUGUCAACCGUUGAUGCUGAUACUUCUUCAAAGAUUAGUGAGGCCAUUACUUCAAAGGGUGGUUCUUUUGUUGAAGCUCCAGUUUCAGGGAGCAAAAAGCCAGCUGAAGAUGGCCAACUAGUAAUCCUAGCAGCUGGGGACAAGGCUCUGUACGUUCAAGUACUACCUGCUUUUGAUGUCUUGGGAAAGAAAUCCUUUUUCCUGGGACAGGUUGGGAAUGGAGCAAAAAUGAAACUUGUUGUUAAUAUGAUAAUGGGCAGUAUGAUGAAUGCAUUUUCGGAAGGAAUUGUACUGGCUGACAAAAGUGGAUUGGACCCUCAUACCCUUCUUGAUGUGUUGGACCUUGGAGCCAUUGCUAACCCGAUGUUCAAAAUGAAAGGACCUGCCAUGAUAAAAAAUAGUUACCCCCCCGCAUUUCCUCUGAAACACCAGCAGAAGGACAUGAGGUUGGCUCUUGCACUCGGAGAUGAGAAUGCUGUGCCAAUGCCAGUCGCAGCUGCUGCAAAUGAGGCAUUCAAGAAGGCGAGGAGCUUGGGCUUGGGAGACCACGACUUUUCAGCUGUGUUCGAGACUGUCGGCAAGGGUGCUCAAAGUUCAACCUGAGUUCAACAAGAUGCACUAUCAUAGCAUAAAAACUUGGAGAUCAUGGCUGAGUCCUUUUUUGCUCUCUGAAAUGAUUAGUUACCAUAGAACUUUUAAGAAUUAUAAUGGAACCUUUCUAUGAACUUUUUAAGUA